AACAAACAAAGCGUGAGCAUAAUGAAGUACGUCGAGUUCUUCGGUACAUUUCUGAUUAAAUUUCUAAUUUUUAAUCAAUUUGGAUUAUAAAUAUAAGUGAUGAGUGUAAGUAUGCUCAAAAGGACGCAGGCCCAGAGAAAAUUGUACCCAAAAUGUACUGUUUCGCAGCUGCCAGACCAUCUACUGAUGCGCAUUUUCCGCUACCUUCCUCGGUACUCGAUUCUGCCAACAACGGAAGUAUGCUCUCGCUGGUAUACGCUCAUUAGCUCCAGCGAGCUGCUCCACAACUUUACGCUGCGGGUUGACCUUUCGAUGUUGGACGAUGAUUCCGCCCUGGAGUACGACUACUUCCUGAACAGAUCAAGUCGGUGCUACCGUAAUUUGCACAUCGUGGUCCGCGAUCAUCGUUCCUUUGUUGUAGCGCUGAUGGCGUUGCGAAAAUUUGGACCCCACUUGACGGACCUCAGGCUGUCCCUGGAUCACCGGUGCGUCUAUCCGUCUUUUAUGCAGCUGUACUUCAACCGGAUGAAGGACAUUGAGAUGGGUUUGGAAGAAUACCAGCAGAUGCUGUGGGAACAGGAAAUAGACAGCUACGAUCGAUGUCUACUCGUGAUCGCAAUGCCCAGAGUUAAGAAACUGCGAUUGCCAAGUCUUUGGCAAGAUGAGAUCAAGUACCGUAGGAUUGAGGAAAUAUUCUUGGCAUUUAUGUACCGUCAGUGCUGGCAGUUGGAACGGCUUCAGAUUAAGCGGAUUACGGAUCGUAAGGACAUUAGAACGAAGAUUUUGCAUUAUAUCGGGGUCGAAUUAGAACGUCUUCAGGAAAUGGAGAUCGAUGGUACUGGUCUUAUCGUUCUGACCGAUUCGUUCUCGUUGAAGAAACUAUCGGUGCACGCAUUGACCACCGGAUUGCCGUUCUAUGGUGGAUUCAAGCACGCUUUUCCACUGCUAACGCACCUGGAGAUCACCGAUGAUAUGCAGUUUGACAAUUUGUGCCUUUGGGCGAUCUCCAAGCACUGUGCCAACUUGGUGGAGCUGAUUUUCGUUUCCGAUCGGAUAACGAAGGAUGGAUUCAACUAUAUCCACCGGUUGUUUCGCUUGGUCAAGUUGUCCAUCACGCUGAACGGGAAGCAAAUGGAUUGCUGUUUCGAAGGAUGCCGGGCACUCCCGGUGAGAAAUCUAUUCGUGUACAGUAAUGAGCUACGAGUGGAUACCAUUCAAACGAUGCUGAAGCAAAACGACAAUAUGAGGGAGUUCGCCAUUUGCACUAAACGAUGCAUCGAGUAUAGUACGCUGAACUGGCUGCACCAGAUUAGGCCAUCAUGUCGGUUGACCUACACGCAGAUGACCGUGUAGCGUGGGUUGGCCCCGCGUAAGUGUUACGACGAACCAAUCGUGGUUCAUAUUUUUAAUUUCUCUGACUAUUAUCUCUGUCGUUUUUUGUUAUAUUUGUUAUCGGUUUUCACGCUUUUGAGAUAAAUAGAACAUUGAACUUCUGAAGAAAUUUAGAGUCGGUUAUAGACCUACCAUCGAAUGAAA